AUUGCUGGCUUGCUGCGGCAGGCUGCCACUGCUCCCUUCUCGCGCAGCAUCAACGCAGUGUGCUGUCGACGAGCUCGAAGAGAUCUUCUUUCCCUGGCCAGCCAUCUGCCCGUGUCUGAUUGCUCAAGAGCAGGAAGCACCGAUAGGCACCGCCCUGACCUCCACAGCUUCCACCUCGGGCUCGGAACCUUGGAAAGAGCUCAUCCAGGAUCUCGAAUCCAAGGACCGCACUCGGACCAAACCGAUUCCACCGCCUGAAAAGCCGGCUGGUUCCAAGCACAUCAUGCCUAACAUCAAAGUCUUCUCGGGCUCCUCACAUUGCGAUUUAGCGCAACGUGUAGUGGACAGACUCGGGAUCAACCUCGGGAAGGUUGUGUUGAAAAAAUUUUCCAAUCAAGAGACAUGUGUGGAAAUCGGCGAAUCUGUUCGUGGCGAAGACGUCUACAUUAUUCAGAGCGGAUGCGGUGAAGUCAACGAUAAUUUGAUGGAGAUGCUCAUCAUGAUCAACGCAUGCAAGAUCGCUUCUGCUUCGCGAGUGACGGCAGUCAUUCCCUGUUUCCCCUACGCUCGACAGGACAAGAAAGACAAAUCGCGAGCCCCAAUUUCAGCCAAACUAGUGGCCAACAUGCUUUCAGUGGCUGGGGCGGAUCACAUCAUCACGAUGGAUCUGCAUGCCUCACAAAUUCAGGGAUUCUUCGAUAUUCCCGUAGAUAAUUUAUACGCUGAGCCGGCAGUUCUCAAAUGGAUCAGAGAGAACAUCCCUGACUGGCGGAACGCCAUCAUAGUGUCCCCAGAUGCCGGGGGAGCCAAACGGGUGACCUCGAUCGCGGAUCGGCUCAACGUCGAGUUUGCCCUGAUCCACAAGGAGCGAAAAAAAGCCAACGAAGUCGCUUCAAUGGUUUUGGUCGGAGACGUUCGAGAAAAAAUCGCCAUCCUCGUGGACGAUAUGGCCGAUACCUGCGGAACUGUGUGUCACGCUGCUGAUAAACUGGUCGAGGCUGGUGCACAGAAAGUCUACGCUAUUCUUACCCACGGAAUUUUCUCUGGACCCGCAAUUCAGAGGAUCAAUUCGGCUGCAUUUGAGGCUGUGGUCGUCACAAAUACGAUUCCCCAAGACCAACACAUGAAAGAUAGCGCGAAAGUACAAUGCAUCGACGUGUCGAUGAUCUUGGCCGAAGCUAUUCGAAGAACUCACAACGGAGAGUCAGUGUCGUAUCUGUUCAGCCAUGUGCCCAUGUAAUCACGUCGAAUUUCUCCGUUGGAAAAUGCUAAGCCCGAGUCAAUGUUGGUGACAGACAAGAGCGGGGCUUGAACGAUCCGCCUAGCUACGCAAUUCAUUCUGAGCUAUCGAGCCAGCGAACGGGCGCAAACGCAAAUAAUGAAUAAAAGAUAUCGUACUAUUCUCGAGACGAUGACGCGAGCGGAGUCGGAGAUUUCUUCACUCAGUCCAUGGGAUGGUUUACGCGAGAAACUUUCGCUCACAUUCCAUUCAUCCAUGCAUUCAUUCUCCAUCGAGUACGGUAACGAGGACGGCAUGUGAUUUUUCCCGGCAGAGAGGCAUAUGCUACGCGGGUUAUACUUCGGGAAUAAAUUUUCUGUUGACAAUAUAAUCA